AUGCCAGCCAUCGAAAUCGACUACUCAGAAGCCCAAAAGACAAUCCAAUCCAAAGAUGAAUCGCCAAUCAUCAUUUCCACACCAUUAGGUAACGUCUUAUUAGAAAUUCAAGGUGAAUUAGUAUUACCAUCAUCAAAACCUCAAGGUUUAACACCAGAAGGAGAAUUAAAAUAUGUUACAAUUGAUGAUAUAAAUCAUGCUGCUCGUGUAGGGAAAUUAGAAUUGAAUGGGAAUAAAGCCACUCUGUAUAUUGGUACUUCACAAAGAUUAUUAGGUGAAGUUAAACAAUUACGUCCACCUCUUGGAGUUUUAAAAUUUCCUAAUGAAUUCCAAGAUGGUGCAAAAGUUAAAAUGGUUGAUGUCAUAAAGAAUAAAGUUAUCUUUUCAGGUAGACCAUUACCAAUUAUGUGA